CCCGCCCCCUUUGUCCGCCAUGUUGUUGUACGGAAUACAACGUACCCACCCAUCUUCGCUCUAUGCGGUUUCCGCUUCCGGUGCCGCCGGGCGCUGCCGAGGAUCCAGGCAACUGGUCUGCGAAGCUCCCGGGCAGGCGGGGAGCGCUGCGUGACGUCACGGGCCAGGCUCUGACGUCACUUGGGUGCCCAGCUCCAUGACGUCAGGAGCGAAUAGGUGGGUGGGCGUGUGUGUGCUGUGUUUAUAUUGGAGAUAUCUAAGGAGCUAUUCACUAAACAGCGUGAAUUAUAGAAUUAUAGUCCAAGGGAGCCCGGCUGGAAACAUUGGAUCAUUAGACCCCCCCCUCUCUCUAUAAAAUAAACUAUUUUGUGUUACAAUGAUUCUGAAACUGAAAGGGAGGUGGUUAACAAUGUAUUUAAUGUAUCUGUAUCUAUCUCUCUCUCUCUCACCCCCUCUCUCUCUCUCUCUGUCUCUCUCUCUCUCUCUCUGUCUCUCUCUCUCCCCUCUCUCUCUCUCUCCCCCCCCUCCUCUCUCUCUCUCUCCCCUCUCUCUCUCUCUCUCCCCCCCACUCUCUCUCUCCCUCUCUCCCCCUCUCUCUCUCUCUCUCUCUCUCUCUCUCUCCCUCUCUCUCUCCCUCUCUCUCUCUCUCCCCCCUCCUCUCUCUCCUCCCCCCCUCUCUCUCUCUCUCUCUCCCUCUCUCUCUCUCUCUCCUCUCCCCCCCUCUCUCUCUCUCUCUCCUCCCCCUCUCUCUCUCUCUCUCUCUCUCUCUCUCUCUUUCUCUCUCUCUCUCUCUCUCUCUCUCUCUCUCUCCCCUCUCUCUCCAUUACUAGUAUGUGUUCAGCAAAAUCAACGUUUCCACCCUAUAGAGUCACUAUCAAGAUGUCUGGAAACGUUGGUUUUGCUGGACACAUACUAGUAAAGUAUUUAUUUGGAAGUCCUUUGAGUGCUGUUGAUUUAUCAUUUCUUGGGUGAGUUAGCACCUAGGCAUUUCGAUGGCUAAGCUAUUGAUGAUUUUUUGUUGCGUGCUGGACGUUUAUAUAGUUGCAUACAUAUGUGUGUAUGGAUAUACAUUAUUAACAAUCUCCCUAUCAGUAUCAUUGUAGCACGAAAUGGAAGAAUUUGUUGUGUUUAUUUGUUUGACCGCACUUUACUUUUCAGCCUUUUAAACAUAAGUUAGGAAACAUAUGGCUGUUUGUUAACGUAGCAUAUGGUUAUACAUACACACUAAGCAAAGAAUAAUUAGCACACUUGGAGGUAUAUAAAUGCCAAAUGGAAUCUAUAUAAAUAGAAAAUUAUUUUUAAAAAAGCACCCAAAAGGAUUUUUAAAUAUGUUCAAAUCCCUUAAUGCACUGGGUGUUUGAAGAACAGACUGUCAACACAUCUUUUUUUUUUACAUUUUAUUUCCAUUCUUCUGAAGUACUGUUUGUCUGUGUAUACAUCAUACCCUCCCACCCCCCCAAUAAACCCGUAAUGCCCCCACCUACUUGUAUACUGUGUCCUUAUUUUACAGUGCAUUUCAUUAUAAAUCAUCUUCUAAUGAUAUAUGGAAUUGGUGGCUGUAAUGUUAUGGGCAACAUUACUCAUAAUGCUCACUCAACUGAAUAUGAUAGCAUUAUAGGAAACCUAGUCCACAACAACUGCAGUGACUAAUAUUGAACCCUGUCUGUCUUCCAUUAAUGUGUGGAUAUUCUUCUUUAAUCUGCAAGAAACCUUUAGAUAAAUAACAUAUUGACCACAGGGUGUACUUAAAAAUGUUGAAAGUUAAAUGUGCAGCUCCUGGUUAAAUAUUUUAAGACUAUUGUAAUUAUAGAUUAGAUUUGAUUAUGUAUAAUGAUUUGUAUAUGCAUCUUUUGGCACAGCACGCCAAAAGGCUAUUAUGCAUUACCUCUUCCCAAAAAGAUGGAGGUAUCCAAGUUUUAGUGUUCAUGGUUACUGUGCAAGGGAAGCCUGCAAUGGGAGCUAUUACAGUUAGACUGCAGAAAAUAAAGGAUUAUAUUAAAAUGAAAAAAUAUUAGGUAGUAAUCACAGAUCAGCUAAAUGCUUUAGAUUUUAUCACCUGUCCUCCAUUCGUUACAGGCUUGUAUAAGAAGAAGCAGUGAAUCCCUUUCCAGGAUAUAUUCUAUAACAAUUCAUAGCAAUAAUAACAGAUUGAAGGAGUGGUGAAUAAAUGUUUUAAUUUAAAUGCUUGUGUAUAGUAAAUGUGGAUCUGACCAUAUGGCUGUUCUAUAUGUAUUCUAUUUGCAGGUGAGCUGUCUCAUUAUGGAACGAAAAGAUGGACCCCCGAACGAGGAAAGACUUCCAACACCAGGGGCAGAGAGAGAAGGGGACAUCCACCCAGAAUUAGAGGGGUAUGGAGAGAGUUUCCCUGACAUGAAGAGACCGAGCGAGAGUUCUUCUGACUUGAAGAGAGUGGAAGGAGAGGCAGAAGAAGAACUAGAUCCCCGAAUACAGGUUUGGAUGCCUCUCUGACUUACUGUAUAUGCACCAUUGUUGUUUUGAGUACAGUAAUUUAGAUGCAAAAAAAUUCUAUCUAUUUUGCCAAUUGAUGUUCACACAGGAAUUAUCUCAAGGAUUAUACCUGUUACAAGAACAACAAAUGUUCAUUUCACCAACUCAGAAUGUUACUCACUCUGAGUUGGUGAAAUGAACAUUUGCUGUGCUUGUAAUACUGUUUCAGUCUAUUUAGUUACUUGGCAUGGCUAAGGCUGUUGCAUUUCCCUGGUUUUGUGCACAACAAUGUUAAUGUUACUUUGUAGCUCAUAGUUCACAGCAAUCUUUGAUUAUGACUGGAUCUCCUAUUCUCUAAAUAAGAUUAUUUUAUGUAACUAUUUUCAAUGUCGUUUACAUUUCUCCUCUUUUUAGCAAUGUUUCUCUUAUUUUGUCUUAAAAUAGUCUCUAAAUGUAGAACAUGGAUCUGACCUAUAGAAUUUAAGAAGCCCUUUGCGAUAUUGCGUAUACUUUUAAAAUUAAUCUGUGUACUCUUCCCCGUGCCGGUAUGAAAGACGAAAAAUCCAAGCUGUUAAACUGUCUUCUCUGGCUGCCUUUUGCAAAGGGAUAAUUUAAUUCUCCUUCAAUUAUCAGUUAAUCAGGUAAAAUUUGAAAAAUAAAUCAUAGUAUGUAAAACUGAUGUCAAAAUAGCUGGGUUGGAAAAAUACUGCAGGUCUGCUGUAUUCCUAGAUCUAUUUUGUCAUGAAGUUCUAAAGUUUGGUAUUUAAUUUUCUAGUGUUGUAAAACUAACUUGAUAACAUUGUGAUAGCCAUAUACAAUUAAAAUAAUUUUUUUUUUAAAUGAGACAGAAUGCAAAUAGCGUAAUAAUGCAAAAACACCAAUAAAAGGAUGGGGUAAUAAUUGCACUCACAAAAGAGAGUUUCAUUGCAGGCAUGCAAAAAAUACUUAAUCAUGGAAAACCUUAUUUUCUUUUUCCUUAUCAUCAAAACAUAAAAGGAAGGAGAGACAAAUACAUAGUGUAGUAUUCCCAAAUAAAAGUACACAGCUUUAUUAGAUUGCACUCACAGGAUAAAAAGUCCAAAUCAGGCACAUCAAAAUUACUCUCAAGAACCAGGAUCUUGCUGUGGUUCUUGGAGGAGAUUAUAGUGCAGCAGCAAUUUGGACGAAAAGUUAAAAAACACACUGGUACAAAAUAAAAUAAUAUAAAACUGAUAUAAAACAAACACUAUAGAUGUCUCAAACCCUAUGCUUAAUACUGUAAAGUAGGUCUCCACACUUUCCCGGUUUAAAACUUCAUUUUCGCACCUUCCAGAAGUGCCAUCAGCCAGUCGGGAGUGGCCCCUUUGUGUAGACACAUCUGAACUUCCUUAUUGUGUGUCAAACCUCAAUCCGGUUAAAUAGUUUGCGUGAUGUCAUACGUCUUUCAAAUGUUCCAUGCGUGAUGUUGUUCGUCUUGUAAGUGCUCCAUUCGUUUCACGCUGCAUUCCAGAUACCGCUUCCGUGUUCACCAUUCCGUCUAUCAUUAGACACUUUCGGCACGAUCAUUGAAUGCAGACAAAGUGUCUCAUAGUGAGUCCAGGCAAUAUUAAUGUCCAUAAGAAUAAUUGGAACAUAAGGGAUAAAAGAAUACUUGAAUGUAUCAUGGACAGUGUCACAAUGAGACACUUUCAGUCUGCAUUCAAUGAUAGCAGUGAAAGUGUCUAAAGAUAAAUGGAAUAGUGAACACGGGAGCUGUAUCUGGAAUGCAGCGUGAAACGCAUGGAGCGUUCACAAGACGAACAACAUCACGCGAACCAUUACACAUGGAAUGUUUGAAAGACAUGACAUCACGCAAACUAUUAAAUAGGAUUGAGGCUAGACACAAAGUAAGGAAGUUCAGCUAUGUCUACACAAAGGUGCCCUUCCCGAUUGACUGAUGGCACUUCAGAAAGGCGCGAAAAUGAAGAUUUAAACCGGGAAAGUGUGAAGACCUACUCUACAGAUUCCCUUGAGGAAGUCCUGCAUUUAAUGAAACGCGUAGGGCUUGAGACAUCUAUAAUGUUUGUUUUAUAUCAGUUUUAUAUUGUUUUAUUUUGUACCAGUGUGUUUUUUAACGUAUCAUCCAAAUUGCUGCUGCACUAUUAUCUCCUCCAAGAACCCCAGCAAGGUCCUGGUUCCAGAGAGUGAUUUUUGAUGUGCCUGAUCUGGAUUUUUUUAUCCUGUGAGUGCAAUUUAAUAAAGCUGUGUACUUUUAUUUGGGAAUAUUACACUAUGUAUUUGUCUCUGCUUCUUCCUUUUAUGUUUUGAUCAUAACGAAAAAGAAAAUAAGGUUUUCCACGAUUAAGUAUUUUUUACGUGCCUGCAAUCAAAUUCACCUUUGUGAGUGCAAUUAUUACCCCAUCCUUUUAUUGGUGUUUUUGCAUUAUUACGCUAUUUGCAUUCUGUCUCAUUUAAAUUUUUUUUAGAUUGUAUUUGUAUAUAAGCUUAAAGAAGACAUGAAGAAUAUUCCUACAAUCUCAGAACUUUAAGGGUAAAUCUUUGUAUCACUUUUACCCACUUUUUUAUGGUGGCCACAAUGUUGUAUUGUUGGGUAUAUUUAUUUUUUAUUUUUUUUUUAUUAUUAUUUUAACAUUGUGAUGGCAAUUAUUCAGAUAAUCAAGGUCGUUACAGUAGCAUAAUCAUGCAUAUCAUCAGUUGUUCAGACAUUAAUGAUGAAUAAUUGACAGCAUAAUCAUUUAAACAUGAAUAAAUAUAUAAAAAAAACAUAAUUCACUAUUUAGUCAAAAUCCUAGCUUCACUUAAAUUCCAUAGGGAAAUCUAGUAUAAAUCGCAAGUUUUCACUUUGUUAUUCACUUAUGUGAAAAUUUGCUGGAAUUCAAAGUAAAUUUCAAAUUAAAGGCCGAAGUAGCUGGACUGCAAGCUUAGUUGACUUGGAGACUUCAGCUACUUUGGCCUUAAAUUUGAAAUUCACAAUGAAUUUCCAAGAUUUCUCUCUUUAGUAAAUAAUACAAAAAGUCUUUGCCUUCUGACUUUUCACUUCUCCCUCCCAGGGCAUCUACUUUACCAGUGCAUGUUAUAUUAACAGAAAAUACUGAUAUGUUUUUUUCCCAUUAAGAAAUACACGCAAAUGUAAAAAAAACCCACAAAUAAUUUGAUACAUGUUCAAUAGCUCCUGGUUGUUAUACAGUGCGUCUGGCACUCCCUUUUGUUACUGGCAACACCCAAAAUAAUGUUGUCAAAGGCAACAUUUGGAAGAAUGUGUGCUUACAUACCAGUUUAAUUAAUUAUGCGUUAGUUUACCUGCACAUUAUGCAAAAAAUCUAAUGUAUGAAGCUUGUUAAACAUUUUAUAUUUUCCCUCAUUAUCUUUUUAUGUAAAGAAGCAUUAGCUAAGCAACUGGCAUAAAAAGGACUGUGCCAUUUCUUUUAUCUUGUUUUCAUGACUCAUUUUUGCUGUUCCUCCAUAUUCCCCAUUUUGUCCUUGUGUCUUUUUCAUUUUCUUUUUCUUUAUCCCAUCGCUCUCUUGUUUUAUGUGACAUUCAGGAAGAGCUGGAACGUCUGAACCAGGCGAGCGAGGAGAUCAACCGACUGGAACUACAGCUGGAUGUAAGGAACGAGUAGACCAUGUUUUGCAUAUCUGCCAUUUUCCAUGUAAUCAAAUAUUAUUUAUGUUUCCCAUUUCACCUUGCUCCCACAGGAUGCCCGCACAGCCUAUCGUCGUAUUCUGACCGAGUCUGCAAGGCGUCUUAAUACCCUGGCCACUCAACUGGGAGCUUGUAUUGAAAAGGCAAGACCAUACUAUGAAGCUAGAAGAUUGGCCAAAGAGGUGUGUAUGUGGCUCGGAUUUCUAUUGUUUAAAUAAAAACCCCUCUACAUAUAGAAGUCUUCACUUGUUUUGCAUGAAAUAUACAAUAUGUGCACCUACAGCCAGGAAAACAGAAUGCUGGCAGUAUUAAUAUUGACCAGGGCUUGUUAGUUCUGGGUGACAUGUAAUAUAGAGAGAAGGAAGAAAAAUCUGAUUAAAAACAUCUUGGAAGUUUAAAUAAAAAGUUAAAAUACACUUUAGUUGCAAAGAGAUAAACCCUCCUACCAGAUUGGUUUCAUAAUAUCUGACCUUUGAGGCAAAUAUUUUGUACCUGAAAUAUAAGGGGGAAAAAUAGGGCUUAUUUAUAAAUUAUGGCUAAGGUACCGCAUCAUCCUUAUAACUCUACUUCCAUCUAGAAGUCCCUGAGUAAAUCACGAGCCGUGAGGAUUUGCCGAGUGGGAGCUACUGUUAAUUGACUUUUUAAUUAUAGUGCAGAGUCUUGGGUGCUGUCACCCAGGUUUGGGUUUUGAAAGUUUGACAAAAAAUAACAGGAUAACGUGUGCCGAGAAGCCGUAUCUAAACACAGAUGUCUUCACUGAGUUGAAUUCUCACACACCUAUAUUUGAGUCUACAUAUCCCUUUUCAUAACUUACAAUCUAAGUAUAAUAUAUAUUUCCUGAAUCUAAGUAUUUAAACUGCAUCUUGGCAUUUAGUGCACAUGCCCCUAUGUAUCAGUCUCAUUUACUAAACAUCGGAUUGUGUCCAACUUAGAUCUUUACUAAAGCCAAAUGUGGUCCAGAACUCAGUCAGCUCGAGCGAAUCUCUAGCAUUUGGUGUCAGGAUUAAAAUCAGUGCUUUCAUAUCUGAACCCUAUAAAAAAGUAUUGUACCCGGAAAAUUCACAAAGCAUCAAUAUUAAUAGAAUUCAGAACCGAAUGCAUCUGGCAGGAUAGAAAUUUGCAAAUGACUGUCCACCCUCUGCCCCUUCCUAUGGCCAGUGGGUGAGGGCUAUUUAUAAAAGAAAACGGAGGGACAGCCAUUGUUAAGUAGUGUGAACAAUGUCUGGAAUUUGCAGUCCGAGUGGUCCCGCAUGCCAUGGUUUUGCCCCAUUCAGUACAGGGCCAUUCGGAGUUUAGUACAUAACCCUGUCUGUCUUAUCUAGCAGUGUCCUUGUGUCCAAACUGCACUUGUCACUAAAUAUAUAGGCUAUGGAAGUGGUGGGUCACUGGGCUAAUCUUUAAUAAUCAAUCGCAAUAUAUAUAUUGUAUUAUAUCUUUCCAUACCCAUUGUACAUGUACAGGCUCAACAGGACACACAAAGUGCAGCUCUGCGAUAUGAAAGGGCAGUCAGCAUGCACUCGGCAGCCAGGGAGAUGGUAUUUGUAGCUGAACAGGGAGUAACUGCUGACAAGAAUAGACUGGACCCCACGUGGCAGGAGAUGCUAAAUCACGCAACAUGCAAGGUGAGAGGGGGGAGAACAUUGCAAAGGAGAACAUGGCUUCUGACCGCUCUGAGUGGGGGUGUUGGAGAGGGAAUACAGGGAGUGCAGAAUUAUUAGGCAAAUGAGUAUUUUGACCACAUCAUCCUCUUUAUGCAUGUUGUCUUACUCCAAGCUGUAUAGGCUCGAAAGCCUACUACCAAUUAAGCAUAUUAGGUGAUGUGCAUCUCUGUAAUGAGAAGGGGUGUGGUCUAAUGACAUCAACACCCUAUAUCAGGUGUGCAUAAUUAUUAGGCAACUUCCUUUCCUUUGGCAAAAUGGGUCAAAAGAAGGACUUGACAGGCUCAGAAAAGUCAAAAAUAGUGAGAUAUCUUGCAGAGGGAUGCAGCACUCUUAAAAUUGCAAAGCUUCUGAAGCGUGAUCAUCGAACAAUCAAGCGUUUCAUUCAAAAUAGUCAACAGGGUCGCAAGAAGCGUGUGGAAAAACCAAGGCGCAAAAUAACUGCCCAUGAACUGAGAAAAGUCAAGCGUGCAGCUGCCACGAUGCCACUUGCCACCAGUUUGGCCAUAUUUCAGAGCUGCAACAUCACUGGAGUGCCCAAAAGCACAAGGUGUGCAAUACUCAGAGACAUGGCCAAGGUAAGAAAGGCUGAAAGACGACCACCACUGAACAAGACACACAAGCUGAAACGUCAAGACUGGGCCAAGAAAUAUCUCAAGACUGAUUUUUCUAAGGUUUUAUGGACUGAUGAAAUGAGAGUGAGUCUUGAUGGGCCAGAUGGAUGGGCCCGUGGCUUGAUUGGUAAAGGGCAGAGAGCUCCAGUCCGACUCAGACGCCAGCAAGGUGGAGGUGGAGUACUGGUUUGGGCUGGUAUCAUCAAAGAUGAGCUUGUGGGGCCUUUUCGGGUUGAGGAUGGAGUCAAGCUCAACUCCCAGUCCUACUGCCAGUUCCUGGAAGACACCUUCUUCAAGCAGUGGUACAGGAAGAAGUCUGCAUCCUUCAAGAAAAACAUGAUUUUCAUGCAGGACAAUGCUCCAUCACACGCGUCCAAGUACUCCACAGCGUGGCUGGCAAGAAAGGGUAUAAAAGAAGAAAAUCUAAUGACAUGGCCUCCUUGUUCACCUGAUCUGAACCCCAUUGAGAACCUGUGGUCCAUCAUCAAAUGUGUGAUUUACAAGGAGGGAAAACAGUACACCUCUCUGAACAGUGUCUGGGAGGCUGUGGUUGCUGCUGCACGCAAUGUUGAUGGUGAACAGAUCAAAACACUGACAGAAUCCAUGGAUGGCAGGCUUUUGAGUGUCCUUGCAAAGAAAGGUGGCUAUAUUGGUCACUGAUUUGUUUUUGUUUUGUUUUUGAAUGUCAGAAAUGUAUAUUUGUGAAUGUUGAGAUGUUAUAUUGGUUUCACUGGUAAUAAUAAAUAAUUGAAAUGGGUAUAUAUUUGUUUUUUGUUAAGUUGCCUAAUAAUUAUGCACAGUAAUAGUCACCUGCACACACAGAUAUCCCCUAACAUAGCUAAAACUAAAAACAAACUAAAAACUACUUCCAAAAAUAUUCAGCUUUGAUAUUAAUGAGUUUUUUUGGGUUCAUUGAGAACAUGGUUGUUGUUCAAUAAUAAAAUUAAUCCUCAAAAAUACAACUUGCCUAAUAAUUCUGCACUCCCUGUAGACAGGCUGGAUUUGGCUUUUAUUUAACACCAAAAUGUAAAUGUAUUAGUAUGCAGGGUUAUAGGGCUGGAAGAGGGGAACAUUUAAAUGACAUGAAGGAGUGCAGUAGUAAGGAGUGAUUUAACAAAAUUAAAGUUAUUUCUCCAUCUACAUCUCAAUAUAUAUAAAUUAAACAUAAUCUGUGAUUACCCCAAGGCUUUCUUACAGUAUCUCCUGCAACUCCGCCAGCAGCUGGCAUGUAAGGAUUGGCCUCUACUUGCCCAUGCAACAUGACGUGGAAUGCCAUGCUAAUAAAAAUAUAUAUCCUUCCUCCUUACAUUGCAGUUUCGUUGUUCAGCCUAUUGUCUCUCCUUCCUUUAGGUAAAUGAAGCAGAAGAGGAGCGGCUACGCAGUGAAUUUGAACACCAGCGCGUGACCCGUCAAUGUCACGAAGCUGAAGCCAAAGUGCAGACCUUACAGAAGAGCCUGAAACGCGUCAUAUUAAAAAGUCGCCCCUAUUUUGAGCUGAAGGCACAGUUUAACACUGUGCUAGAGGUAAAGAGCAUUUUAUUCUCAUUUUAUUUUAACGGCAGAUAUGUUAUGAUAGUAAAGUGAGUAAUGUGUUUCUACCUGCACCCAAGAUGCAGUUCUAGGGUUAAGUCCUAAAGAGUCUUAAAAGAGAAUGUAUACACUAAGCGGGGAAUGGUGGAUUGCAAAUCUUAGACAAAUACAUAUUCCUAUAAAACCCCACUGGCCAGGGGUUUGUCAAAUAUGCUCAGAGCCAUUGUAUUGAAUUAAAGCAUUCUAAUUGGCUCAGCUACUUCUGGGUCUGGACAGAGCAAAUGCAGGAAGUGUAUUUCAUUUUAUUUUUAAAGCAUUAUUAUAUUUUGCAAAAACAAAAUCUAGUCACCCAGAACACUUCAUAUGAGUAGUCCUGUUAUUUUAACUCUGCAAUGUAAAACAUUUAUAGACAUUUCCACCAGAGUUAUUCUCGAGCCGAAAAAAAUCUCCAUCUUAGCCUUUUUUUUGCCAGUUGGAUUUAAUUUAUGAAAAUUCAGUGAAUAACCCUGUAUGUGUAGCAGAGCAACUGACAAUUUGUGUCUUCCUUAUGCCUUUCUAUAAUUUUAUUGCUUUAUUUCAGGAACACAAAUCUCGUGUCACCUCUCUAGAGACCUCGGUGUCCCAGGCAAAACUUUGCUACUCUGGAACACUACGCAAUUUAGAGCAGAUCAGUGAAGAGAUUCAUGCUCGCCGCACUCAAGGUCCUCUCCUUACCCUCCGUGCCCCUCCCCUUGGAGCUGAAGCACCUGCUUCCAUGUUGGAUGGAGAAGGGGGUACAUCGUCAGACACCAUAUCUCUUCUCAGUUUGCAGACCAUUGCAUCAGAUCUGCAGAAGAGCGAUUCUGUAGAACACUUGAGAGGCUUGGGGGAUGUAACCAGUCUAGAUGGAAGAGGGACUGAUGAGGAGAAUGGUGGGGAAAAUAGGGAGAGAGGCGGAGAAAGAGGUGGAGGAGGGGCUUUUAGGCAUCACAGGAGUGUAAGUCUGUGAAGUGGAAGUAAUUGGAUGGGGCAUGUUACCCCUUAAAGAAAGCUUUGCAACAAUUUAUGGCUAUGGGCUUAGUGGGGUUUGCUAUCAGAUACUCCUUGGUGUGAUUGAGGCAGUGACGUCUUAGCAGGUUGCACUCUAGCUUUUGUGAACUACAUUUACCAUAAUGCCCCAACCGUGACUGGAAAAUUUAAUUCACAACAGCUUGAGUGCCAAUGAUGUGAGGUUUAUUGGUAAACAAAUAGCUGGACUGGAGGGUCAGAGGUUGGAAAAGUUGACUUCAUGCAGAGAUGGUAAAAUGGGGCAUUUAGAUUAUUUAGGGGACAGUAGGUUUCUAUGACAUUUUAGCUAACCUUUUGGCUUGGCACAGAAGCAUUUGAGAAUGGGAGGCUAUUAGCUUGUCAAAAAGAUGCAUAUUCUGUCAUAUCUGGUAGACAGCUAACAAGUAUUUUUUUUUUUUUUAUUAUCUAAUAAGACUGAGAAUGUGUCAGAUGCUUCUUCCUUUGGCUGAAUUUGGGCAGAAGGAGAAACCCAAACAUCUUAAAAGAAUGCGUGGAGUGCAUGUGCUGAUAGCUUGGGCACGAGAUUAUUAAUUCUCAAUAUUAUCCUGAAUGUCUGCCAAUACUAAGGUUAAAUAUCAGGUUUACCCUUUGUAACAGCAAGGAGUAAUCAGCAAAUCCUAGAUCGUUGAUGGACCUUAAAAAUUGAAUUGAGAAGACCUGUUCAUGGUCAUAAGUUCUCAAAAUCUGGCCUCAGCCCACGUGAUUAUUUUCGAAUCAAAACCCGUGAAUUUUACCGAUGUUCCAGUCAUAUUGAAAGACCUGGCAGACAUGGCUUGAGACAGCAUUGACUCAGAAAGAAUCAUGAGCAUUAAGCAAUAAACACGGCACAGAAAGAGUCCCCCAUCAUGCUCACACAAACCUUGUUGUCUUGAAGUUUGCCUCUUAUGAUCAGAGUGCUUGUUGUUUCCAAACAAUUGUGUCAAAGUGGGGAUAUCUAAAAUCACAUUGUGUUGGCUAGGCUGGAGGUCAGAGAACUACUGUUCAAUAUGAAUUUAACAAGUAUUUAUAGCAGGAGGUACAAGGGAACAUUCAGAGCAAAAUUCUGAUAUUCUAGUUCUGAGGACAGUGUAGUCAGGCUGGAGAUGUCUCGCUGCUAUGAGAACUCUCUCUGUUUGAUGCAGCACUCAGAAUGUUUUUAUUUUAAUAACUAUAUCUUGAUGUCUCUGUGUCCGAACAUUAAUUCACACUGUAUAUACUUGAACUGGGGUGUAAGUGUAUGUAGUGAUCAGUACAGGCUAAUGUGUAUAUAGUAUUGUAUAGCUGCAGGGAUGUGUGUGUAAAUAUACUCUUUGAAACUUAAUUAAACCAAGGAAAGACGGUGUCACCUCCUUAACCCCUUAAGGACCAGACUUCUGGAAUAAAAGGGAAUCAUGACAUGUCACCCAUGUCAUGUGUCCUUAAGGGGUUAAAGCUUCACCCAUCUUGUUUGAAACCAUUUCAUCUUGGCGUAAAAUGUACAGCUGAAACUUUUCUUUUUUUUUUUUUUUUAAAUAAAGCUUUUGAUUUCCCACCCAA